UUAAUCUUCAGGUCAAGUCACCUUGGUGUGACAGAUAAUCAGAAAAGAUGGUUUGUCUUUGGAAUAGCACUCAACAAGAUCCUUGUGCCACAGGUCCGUCCUUUUGUGGAACAAGAGGUUGAUAAGGAAUACAACAAACUCAAGACAAGCCACAAUAUUCAUACACAAAGUACAUCUGGUCGUCUUCAAAGGUGGCCUGCAAGAAAGUUUUUAAAGUAUGAGAACAUCAAUGGCAACAGUCGUCACCCAAAGCUUCCGGGUGGAAAAUACAACAUUUCCUUGUUUGAUUGUAGAGUGUUAUCUCACAUUGACUUUGCCAAGUUGUACGUUGAAAACUUCAUGGCUAAGUUCAGUGCUUUUGGUGACCACUGUGAUGCUUCAGCUGUACUUACAUUACUUGUUGGGGUGCCUGUGUUCUCAACAGCCAUGCAAGCUGCAGCUGGUGAUGUCAGGAAUGUUAGGAAUGACUGGGCACACUGUGUCUUCAGCAAGUGGGAUCCUGUUAAGUUUCAGCAGAGUUUUGUUGAGAUGGAGCACCUGGUGAGAGUCAUGGCUCUACCUGCUGCAGAUGAAACAAAACUCCUUGGAGAACUGAAAGAUUGGGAGACUAAAGGUACUAUAUGUACUUCAUAUUAUUAUACAAUUAAUGAUUGGUAUAAUAUUAGCGUUGGUACAUUUUUAACAUUUGCUAUCCUUACUGAGCUGAAAGGUGCUGUUAAACAGUCAGGAUCAGUUAUCAGUCAUUUAUGUAUACCAAAAAUAUACAUGGGUGUAGCUACCAGCCGUCCCCAGUAGAGACAGAAAAAUAGAUGGAGAUCAACAGAAGCCAAAUAAGAGAAAGCUAAACAAGGUGCAAUUCCUUUGAUUUGCAACUUAACUUUAACUUUUUGUGGAUGAUUCUUUUCAAAACAAGUGGAGUGCAUUGUUUUCUCCAAUUUGGCACAUUGGCAAAAGGCCUUAAAUACUGCUACUUGAAUAGCAUGGUCCUAAGACCAAAAGAGUUGAGUUCCUCACCAUACUCAUAAAACUGAAAAAUGGAUAUUCAAUCAAGUUCACUCUGCAUUCUUAACUUCAUUAUUAUCAAACGGUUCUGAGAAAACAAGAGCUUCUUUUUAGGUUUGAAGUUCCUUUCCAACUGUUUAUCAAAAAGGAUCGCCCCCUCAUUGAUUUUAACGUGAAUGUUUAAAAUAUGGCUUUGAUCCAGUAAGAUUAUUGAUACUUCCAAGAAAGCAGACCUUGGGAUAUUUAAUGAUUGGCUCUUUAGUUAACUUUUCAUAAUAUUUUGUUCUACUUAUCUGUGUAGAUACUAUGUCUAAUUUAUAACUCUUUGUGCUUUGUUUGCAGGGACUCUGUUGUGCAUGAACUCUCCUGUAGACCCAGCAUUGCUUCAACUAGUCCAGCAGGAAGUAAAAUUUUUACAAGACAACCUGAAAAACUUGUCUGUAGAAUUUGACCAAGAAAAGGUGAGGGUACAACAAGAACUACAAAACGCUGCCAUAAUUCUUGAAGAAAUGAAACAGACAGUGGAAAGACUGAACAAUUUUCAAGGUAAUCCAACCUGUUUAACCUCUCCCGCCCAUUUUCAUAUUACUGACGUCAUUAUUGCAAAAAUAUAUUGGUUUCCUGCUUCUUCUUUUCUUGUGGGAGCAUUUAAAAAUUGCAAACAUUAUGCUUCUGUUUUGUAGAGAAUGCAGAUCAGAAGUUUGAAAAUUUAGAGACUCGUACCGGACAAGUUGAAGACCAAGUGCACAAUCUUACCGGUAACUUCGAGAUAACAAUUAUAGUUAACAAUUAUUCUUUGAAUCGAGGUGAGUAUUGGCUAAAUAUUUACCGAGCCACGAAGUGGCGAGGUAAAUAUUCCUAAAGCCACUAUUCACCGAGAUUUCAAAGAAUAAUUGUUUUAGUAUAUACACACGAAGUGAUCUCCGCAAAAUCCGGGAGGAAACCAUUAAAAAGUACGAUUUGAUUGACAGUUCAGGUCAGCUAGACACGCGAAAGUUUAAAAAUAGAUCUUUGUAGAAUUUUCAAACAUGGCAAUUCACAAGCUUAUCACUUCGCAAACAACAACGUAAUGACUUAAAUGGAACCGCUAAAAGUUUGAAUUGUUUCCUUACCUGAGAAGAAAAGAAGAGCUUUGUUGUUUUCUGUUGACUCGCCAAGUUUAUAACCGAAAAGGUUUGUUGUGUCGUUCUUCGCAUGAAGCGCUGACAAAAAUGGCGAAUUGGUUCCUCGAGGUAAGACGCCGUUUAACUUUUCAUGUAGCAUUCUUUGUCUUAUUUACCUGAAACGUAGAAUUUCUGCAAACAUUUGCUUUCAAAUUUGUUUGUCAUAAAUAAACUUCGUUUUGGGCCAAUUUUUUCUUGUUAGGAAACGCUGAGUUCACGAAACGGCCUCUUCUAAGCGAAUAAACGGUAGUUUUAAACAAUCCAUCGACCACAAAACUCAACUACAGUAAAUGGAAAAAUGCCGUUUUCAAUCCGUCGAAGUCUUUUCUUGCCUAAAAAAGAGUCAACCCUAGGAUUUUGUCGACUUCUAAAAGAUCUUUCUCUAAAAAAAAUGGGAAAAACACCGAGCUCACACGUUAUCCACUCGCUAGGAGGUGAAUAUUGUUGAUAUAAUUAACGAUUAUUCCACGAGGGCGCGUUGGAUAUGAGAUGAUAGAUAGCCAACGAGGCGCAUAGCGCCGAGUUGGCUAUAAUCAUUUCAUAUCCAACAAGCCCGAGUGGAAUAAUUGUUUUAUUAAAAACGCCCACAAAAUCUCGUUGAAUCGCCCCGACUAGAACAAACCGGAAAAGACAAGGGACUUCCGCUAUUGACAUGUCACACGUCUAUCAAAACUGUCAACGCGCGAACCGGGCUCGCCUAGACUGCAUGAAUGAAAAAUCAAAACAUUGUGCGAUGAACAUUAGUUUUUUAAAAACUCAUCGUGAUUCUAGGAUUUUACACAGCAGAACAGCUUAAAAAACCUGGCAGAUAAUGUGAAGGAAAGGAAUUUUUAAGUGACAGCCGUCGAAAUUACUAUGAAUUUGGAUUUUCGGUGCAGUUAUAAAAGUAAAACCAACGGAGAAAAACUACCGGUAUUACCUCUGUCGCUUGUUAUGAAGUUGUUUGAAGCCACAAGCUGGUUUUGCUGAACGAGAAAAGAAGCUAUACUGCCGCCUCGAUUGCUCUAGUGAAUGGCAGCAUAGCCUGUAUUUGUAGCUGGUUACUUGUGAUUUAUAUUCUUGAUGUCGGAUAAACAAGCUGCAGUUAUCUAUCGGCGAGUGACUCGAUCGGCGAAUGGCUUCGCGAUCAUGAAGAAACAACACUUGUCUUCUUUCGUAGCUGGUCAAGGUACUUUAGUUCCAUGUGUUUUCCGACAAACUUUCAAACAAGCUCUUGUGGCUUUUUUGUUUGUUUUUGUCUUUUUUCUUUCGUUGAAAUUGCAUUUCUAGUAUUCUAAGAAAUGAAUUAAAACGAUUUGCUUCGAGCGCCGUUCUAUCCUUCGCGAAAAAAAAAUCUCAGCUAGCUUCCAAUUAUAAACUGACGCGUACACCGACCAUAUAUGGAGAACAUGGUAUAUUAGCUCAUAUACCAUAACGGCUAAGCCAAUCAAAAUGCUAGAAUUGCAUUAUCCAAUGAUUCAGUUUUUAAUAAAUAGUCCUAGAUAGCGAACCAAUCAGAUUGCUUAAAUCACCAAGAUCACUGACCGUGUAUAUACUAACUACGUUUAGUCUCAUUUACGGAAAGAAGACAGCAGAUCAGCGGUUUAAACUUUAAUAAGUUGAAGACCUUAGAAAGGUCAGUUAAGCAGGUUAAGUCGGGCGUCACAUAGACCCCUCUAACUGGCGCUGCCUCUGUUAAGUCCAUGCACCCAGUCUGUUAAGUCCAGUAGUCGCGGAAUGAAAUACCGUGGAUGAGAUCGGAGGACAACACAUGCACAUGUCCUCUUUACAUUAUAUGUUAACAUACCAAGAGUAAUCGUGGACGUCAUCAUACAAGGGUACCACUGGCAGUUGCUAUCAGCUAUAAGCUAACUGUAACCCGCCCAGCCAUGGUAUGAAUGAUGUGUGCAAGGCAGUCUACACCACCAUGGAAAUGUUCCCCACUCUUUUCAAACAGUAGUGUUUGAUCUUUUUAAGGCCCCUUCGAUUGAAAGAAGCAUAAAGGAUAACGGAUGCAAGGCCAACCGCUUAACGUCACCGCCUAAAGACGCGAUCAUCUUAAAUGAGAAUCACAGCCUUCAUGAUCUUAACAGCUUUUUUUAAGACCCUGGUUGUUCGUCAGGCCCAGGCUUGAACCCCCAUCCUCUCGCUCGGUAGACUGGCGCUCUCACAACUGAACUGCAAGGAUCACAUUCACUUUCAUAUCACCAUCCUCAGCUUACAUACCUGUAAUAUACAUGAAUGAUUAAUUUCAUUCAUUAUAAGUCAAAAGAACACGAUUGAGGAUAUCGUUUUACACGGGAAAAAAAUUCCUUUUUAAUCCAAGUUGCUCCCUCCUCCUGUCUUACUCAAUUGCAGCAAAGUUUCAUGACCUGACGGCUAAAGAAUCUGCUUUGACAAACGCUUGUCUUCAAGACCAACUGAUGACAUGUGACGGUAGGUUUGUCAUUGAUAAUAAAUAUAGCGGCAUGAUUUACAGUGCAAUUUUUUAUUUGUGACAAGAAAUUAUCGAGAGAAAAAUCAAAUUACCUUCCAUAUAGUUGUCAAAGGAAGUUAUUAAAGGAGGAUCCCCAAUACAUUUUCUCUCUACAUUUUUGUAUAAUCAGUCACCGUACUUUCCUGUGGUAGACAGUUUUAACAGAUUAACAACGCUUUGACAGAGAGUUUGAUAAAAAGUAGUGGUACGAAUGGUUUGCUGUCUUGUAGCAACUAAGACACUUGAAAUGAAAACGCUAACUCAAUAACGAGAAGUCCAACACCCGUGAACUUUCGUCGACUGUUAAAAUACAGUAAAAUUCCGAAAAUAAGCCCCUCCAUGUAUAAGCCCCUCUAAAUAUAAGCCUCCUAAACCGGUAACGCAAAAAACCCUCCGUUAACUCGCCCCUCCAAAUAUAAGCCCCCCCCCCCAGGGGCUUGUCUUGGAAAAUUGCCCUCAAAUACAAAGGAAAACUAGGCAGAAACUGUAAAUUUACUUCCAACUAUAAGGCUAGCACAAUCGACUUUGAAACGCAAGUUUCCCUUUGUGGAUAAGCCCCUCCGAAUAUAUGCCCCUCAAAAAGGGCCUUUGAAAAAUAUAAGCCUCGGGGCUUAUUUUCGAAAUUUUACUGUAUGCUCCUUUUUAUCCAUUGUUCAAAUGUAUAUUAUUUUAAACACGGAGGAAAUUAUAUGCCUCAUUUUUGUUUUCCUCAAUAGUCAAUCCAGGUAAACUUGUUGAACUUAUCAGACGAGACUACAAAGGCGCGGUCUUGUGUCCCUUUCCAUGGUGUGAAGAUGAACUACAGCUGAAGCUAUCGAACAUCUUCACAAGAUUGCAGAUAGUUAGUAGAACAAAAGAACGUUCAAAACUUACGCAUUCCACCGUCAAUAUGACAGAAAUAUUCAAGUCGCAUCCAGAAUGCCACAAUCCAAGAGUGGUGCUGAUCGAGAGUAAUCCUGGGAUGGGCAAAACUACGUAUUGUCAAAAGCUGGCAUAUGAUUGGUCCGUGGGCGAAAUUCCACCUGAUGCGUCGUUUCCUGAAGCGAAUAUAUUGCUGCUGUUGAAAUGCCGUGACAUGCACAUGAAAACCGCUAACAUCGAGGAAGCUAUUGAUGAUCAACUUCUGCCCCAUGAUGCAAACAAGAGGGAAAAGCAAGACUUGUUCCACUUUAUUCGCUGUAAUCAGUCCAGAAUCUUGCUGGUUCUUGAUGGUUUAGACGAACUGCGUGAAGACCUUCUGGAGGGUUUUCUGCCUUUGAUUCAAGGAAAAGUCUUUGCGAAUGUGUACCUCAUGUUAACAGCUCGACAUGAAGCAGGGAUGAGAGUAAGGCGUUAUUGUGACACCCUUCUUGAACUUGUUGGUUACACAAAACAUGACGUCGAAAGUUACGUUAAAAAGUAUUUCGUCAGUCAUGAGGAUCAAAGCCUUGCUGACAAAAUGAUAAACCAGUUAAUACGCGACAAACAACUCGCAGAAUUAACAGCAAACCCCCUUAAUACAGCUUUGUUGUGUCUUCUCUGUGAAGAAACAAGAGGAGUCUUUCCUUCGAAAAGAACCAUGAUGUACGAUGACCUUGUGUCGUGCGCUCUCAGAAGGUAUUUUGCAAAAGGAGGUAUUUCUUUGGGUGACCAAGAUCCGAUGGAGCGAUGUGCGAGUGAGCUGAAUCAGUUGGGAAAGAUGGCAUUUGAGGCUCUGCUUAAGAAUCAGUUAUAUUUCACUCAAGAUGAGGUGAAAUCCCAGUCCCCCGCUUUAAAUUUCCUACGGUUGCCGUUUCUUUCCCGUGAGCCAAGUGUGAGCAAAGUCAGACCUACACCGACCUACGCGUUUACUCACAAAACAUUUCAAGAAUACUUUGCGGCGUUUUUCUUGGCCCAUCAGUUGUUGUCUGGUGACAAAGGGAAAGAGAGAUUGUUGGAUGAACUCAGUCCUAUUGAUAAUUGGCAGGUGUGGGAAUUUCUCAUCACAAUAGUGUUAAGCAAGAGUGUUAAAGCGGCAGUAACUGUUGUCUCUCGCCUUUGUGCUUUCUUUUGUCACAAGAGGCCUUUAAGUUUAAUGGACGUGAAUCGUGACGAUGUUGAUUUGGAUCGACGCGACAUCUUCAAGGACAGUCCGUAUGACUGGGCUAAGUAUUUGAGAAAAAUGAACAAGGAUGAAAGAACGCUAUGCAACGUCCUCAAAAAAACCCUUGAUCUUAUUGCUGAGUGGGAAGAUGGUGAUGAUGAAUUGAAGGAUUACCAAAAGGAAGUUGUGCGUGUGCUUGCCCGCUGCUUUCCAAUUAAAAAAUUGGAUCUUACACUAAGUGCUAGCACAUUUUGCUCCGUGUACUCUGAGUAUCUAAGACUGAAUUACAGUUUGAUAGAUUUGACUUUGUAUAGUGCGUUUGACCUGAUCCUGUUAAAAACAAUUGAACAUGUUUUUCAUUCUAAGCAAAAUUUGGUGCAUUUUACGUUUCUAAACUCGACAUGGGGUUUUGAUGCUUUUAUUGGUGUAUUAUUUGCUUCGCCUGAACGAGAAGAGGCUUUCUCAAAUCUGGGUAAACGUCUUCAGUGGAACCAGUUGGUCGGUACCAAAGAACUGCUCUCAGAGGUCCUUCAGUCAGGUCGUGUUUUAACACAUCUGAAUCUAGACAGAGUCUGGAUCUGCGAUGGAGGAGCUCAAGUACUCGCGGAUUUCCUUCAAAUAAAUCAAGCUUUGACACAUCUUAAUCUACGUCACGCCAUGAUCUAUGACAUUGGAGCCAUUUUACUCAGUGACGCUCUUCAGUCGAACAGCAAAUUGACACAUUCGAGUCUUCCAGAAAAUUGGAUCAGUGUUACUUGAGCCUUUGCUCUAGGGGCAACACUGAAGUUCAAUUCUGUGCUAACAUAUUUAGAUCUGAGUCAAAAUCUUGGCGGCGAUUCAUUUGCCAUGGCGCUGUCGAAAGCUUUGGAAUCUAACUGUGCCUUAAAGUACUUGAAUCUGUGUCAAUGGUUUGACUGCAUUGAAAAAAAUACACCUUUUCCGGAAUCUGCUAACGUGCACGUUGAAAUGAUUGGACCUGAAGGAGGAUCAGCCCUUGCAAAAGCUCUUCGAUUCAACUGUACAUUGACGUAUUUAGAUCUUCAGUAUAAUAACAUCGGCGACUCUGGAGCAGCAGCACUUGGCGAAGCUCUUCGAACAAACACAACUUUGAAGGAAUUAUACCUCAAAGACAACAAGAUAGGGGAAAUAGGAUCAGAAGCCCUCGGAAAGGGGCUACAGUCAAAUCGUACUUUGACCCAUUUGAAUCUAGAUUUUAACCACGAUAUCGGUGAUUCAGGCGCAUCAGCCAUCGCAAAGGCACUACAGUCGAGGGGCAGUAAAUUAACCUGGUUAGAUCUAAGUUUUAACAAAAUCAGCUCCUCGGGUGCCACCUCCAUCUCAGAAGCUCUUUGCGUUAACAGUUCUCUUACACAUUUAGGAUUGGGGAGUAAUAAGAUCAACUCUUCUGGCGCCUCCACAAUUGCUAACUCACUGCAAUCAAAUCGUACGUUAAUUCAUCUGAAUCUUGGUGAUAACGAAAUUGGCGAUUCAGGGGCCAAAGAAUUUGCUCACUCUCUUACGAAUCACAACAACACGUUGGGCUUUUUAAACCUUGAUGAGAACAAUUCAAUAAGUUCAAUAGGAAUAGAAAGCCUUGAAGAGGUUGAUCAGUCGAAAUGUAUCGUGAAGUAUCGUAAACGCCGGCGGUAG